CAGACGCUGACUGAGCCUCGGUGUGCGGAGUGGAGCACUCACCUGCACACCAGAGAGUCGCCUAAACUAGGAAGCAGCCGCUUCUCUCUCUCUCUCUGAGCGUCAAAAUACGGAACAUUGCAAGCACAGUCCAAGCCAGCAGAAGAGAGGAGAAGGUUGCACAUUUCUCGGGAGAAGAUUUUUUUUAGGGGGGUUGGCUCUGUCUUUUUCCUCUUUGUGGUUCCUCGACCAGACUGCUGUGGCUGUCGCUUCUAUAGUCCGCCGCGAUGAGGACCGACCUGGCUUUGGUCCUGACAACAGCUCUACUUCUUGACACAUUCCGGGGGAAUAAUGGUGACGAUGUUUCUAAAGGUCCUUGCCAAGCCGGCUUCUCCCAAAGCUUCUACUCCGUCUUGAUUCCAAGGGAUGUACUGCAAGGCCAGGGCAUACUUAAAGGCGCCAGUGUGUCAGCACAAAAAGUAAAGUUUGAUGACUGCAUGGGGAACAAAGCAGUGGUUUUUGAGAGCAGCGAUCCCAACUUCAGCGUGCGGACAGAUGGUUCCAUCUUUGCCCAGGGAGAAGGAGCCUCCUUGGAUGCGCCGGUCCAGUUUAAACUAACAGCAGUUGGUGCUCACUCUCAUGUCUGGAAGACUGUGAUCCAGCUGGCACUGAUAGAACCCCCUAUCAGCGAAAAUCAACAAAAUCAAAAUGAGGUCACAAACAACAAUGGCAAAGCCGCUGAGAGGACAAAGCAGAAGGAACCAUUUCAAGCGCCGCCUCCCGUCAUCAUGUUUUCAGGCGGCAACCGGAAUAACUCCAAGGGUCUACGAAGGCAAAAGCGGGAUUGGGUGAUCCCACCGAUUAAUGUUGCUGAAAAUUCUCGCGGACCGUUCCCUCAGAUGCUAGUCAGCAUUCGUUCAGACCAGGAUCAGGACAUUUCCAUCCGAUACAGCAUCACUGGGGUAGGAGCGGAUCAACCACCUAACGAGGUCUUCAACAUCGACCCCGUGCUUGGAAAGAUGUUUGUCACCAAACCUUUGGAUCGAGAACAUCGGUCAUCCUACCAUCUCCGAGCACACGCUGUGGACAUGAAUGGGAACAAAGUGGAGAAUCCCAUUGAUCUGUAUAUCUUUGUUAUUGACAUGAACGACAACAGGCCAGAGUUCAAGAACCAGGUCUACAAUGGAUCUGUGGAUGAAGGCUCAAAACCAGGAACGUAUGUCAUGCAUCUUUCUGCUUUCGAUGCUGAUGACAACACAACGGCAAACGGAAUGGUGCGCUAUCGUAUCCUGUCCCAGACGCCGCAUAGCCCCAUCCCAAAUAUGUUCACCAUCAAUAGUGAGACGGGGGAUAUUGUGACGGUGGCACCUGGUCUGGAUCGAGAGAAAGUGUCCCAGUAUACUAUAAUCGUUCAAGCCACAGACAUGGAGGGGAACCUGAAUUUUGGCUUGUCCAACACAGCCACCGCCAUCAUCUCUGUCUCCGACAUCAAUGACAACCCCCCCAUGCUGACCUCCAGAACAUUUUCCGGUGAGGUUCCUGAAAACCGUGUGGAUGUAGUGGUGGCUAAUCUGACGGUGAUAGAUGCCGACCAACCGCAUUCCCCGAACUGGAACGCCAUUUACAGGAUCAUCAGUGGAGAUCCAUCUGGCCACUUCACCAUUCGCACUGACCCUGUAACCAAUGAUGGCAUGGUGACGGUGGUAAAGCCGGUUGACUUUGAGAUGAACAGAGCCUUCAUGCUGACAGUGGUGGUGUCUAACCAGGCCCAUUUGGCGAGUGGAAUCCAGUCCUCCCUCCAGUCCACAGCAGGGGUAACCAUAUCUGUGCAGGACGUCAAUGAAUCCCCCUAUUUUCCCACAAACCCGAAACACAUCAGAUUUGCCGAGGGUGUUCCUGCUGGCACAAGCCUGACGACCUUCUCAGCGUCAGAUCCUGACCGACUACAAAUGCAGCAGACAAUCAGGUACUCCAAGCUGAACGACCCGGCGGACUGGUUGUCAAUCAACAGAACUAACGGUCAGAUAGUGACCACGGCAAUACUUGACAGGGAGUCUGUUUAUGUCAAAAACAACAUAUAUGAAGCCACGUUCCUGGCGACGGAUAACGGCUCUCCUGCAGCCAGCGGCACCGGCACACUGCAGAUCUAUCUGAUAGAUAUUAACGACAACCCCCCAGCACUUACACCCAGGGAGUCUCAGAUCUGUGAGCAGAUGAACAAGAAUGCCAACGGUGUCAAUAUCACUGCUGCUGACGCCGACAUUGACUCCAACGCUGGGCCUUUUGUCUUCGAGCUGCCCACAUAUCCUUCAAGCAUCAAACGCAACUGGACAAUUACACGAAUCAGCGGCAACUAUGCCCGCCUGAGUCUGAGAUACCAGGUCUAUUUGGAGCCAGGCAUGUAUGAGGUCCCAAUAACUGUGUCCGACUCGGGAAAUCCGACCUUGUCCAACAGGUCGGUCAUCAAAGUGAAAGUGUGUCCAUGUGAUCAAAAUGGAGAUUGUACUGCAGUGGGUGCUGUGGCAGCCACCGGCUUGGGAACCGGAGCCAUCAUCUCUAUCCUGAUCUGCAUCAUCAUACUGCUCAGCAUGGUACUGCUGUUUGUGGUGUGGAUCAAGCGCAGAGAGAAGGAGAGGCACACCAAACAGCUGCUCAUUGACCCGGAGGAUGAUGUCAGAGACAACAUCCUGAAAUACGACGAAGAAGGUGGGGGCGAAGAGGACCAGGACUACGACCUGAGUCAGCUGCAGCAGCCUGACUCUUUGGAGCACAUCAUAAGCAAGCCUCCCGGUGUCCGCAGAGUGGAUGAACGGCCCAUCAUCCCUGAAUCCCAGUACCCGAUCAGACCUGUGGUGCCCCACCCUGGAGACAUCGGGGACUUUAUCCAUGAGGGUCUCCGAGCAGCUGACAACGACCCCACAGCACCACCUUAUGACUCUCUGCUGGUCUUUGACUAUGAAGGCAGUGGCUCCACCGCUGGCUCGGUCAGUUCUCUCAACUCUUCCAGCACCGGAGAGCAUGACUAUGACUACCUCAACGACUGGGGACCCCGCUUCAAGAAGCUGGCAGACAUGUACGGAGGUGGGGAGGAGGAUUAAAUCUCACAUAAACACACACACUCACGCACUUGUCCUGUCAGCUGGCCUGCCAUGCUAAUGUCCAACCAACACCAGGGGUUGCAACAAGUUCACACUGACCAACCAACAAUCCAACUACCUGCUCCAGAGGCCCGACGCCAUCUGACUCAAGCGGAAGCUAAGAAUUAGUAUUUUCAAAAUGUCAUUGCAUGUUUCAAGCCUGAUGCUGGGUUCAGUUGCUUCUGUCCUUUUUCUUGUGACUUUGUUUUGUGUUUUUUUUUUUUCUUCACCCCACAACAAGUUUUUCCUUAUUCCAGAAGGUUUUCACCUCCCUCUAGCUGUCAGCCCCUGUCUGCCUUUGCGCAGAAGCUUUAGAUUUGAGCAUCUUUAUCUAGGGGGGUAACAAAAAGGAACAAGAACCCAGAUAUGACAGUCCCUCCUGUGCAGAGGGCCCUUGUUUAUUCUCUCUUGAACUUGAAUUACUUGGAAUAGAAGCACUGUUGUUUAAAAAAAAAAAAAGUGCCUUCAGUGGUGCAUAUUUUAACAGACUCCCUCUAACUCAGGAUUAGUUGCCAUUUUCUGAGCGUAUGCGCCUUCAUUUGAUCCCUGACCCUUUAACUCAGACCUUUUCCAUCGUGCUGCAGGGCCGUGGUUUAGCUGCGGGAGGUUGCAGUGUUGCUUUCAGCUUUGACCAUCUUAACGAGGGUGUGUUAUGUAGACAUGCUUUUCAAUGGCCUACAGGGAAAAAAUCAAUAAAUGUGCAUUUUAGGAUGGCAGCCGAGUUGAAUGUGAUUGCAUAAAUCACAAAAAAAAAAAAAAAAAAAUUGAGAUGGGACUGUCAUGGAGAAGUGGCUUUGUUUUUUUUGUGUCUUCACUAGCAGCUGUGUUUGUUUUGAAGUCGAGUUUUUCGCACUUGUGGCAAGAGGCAUGUUUGCCAUCUCUUGCCUUUAAAGUCAUUUAAGGUUUGCACGUUCAUCCACAUCCCCGAAGGGUGUGCCCAUUUUACAAGUUUACUUCUUAUAAUAUGAUUUUUUUUGUAAAUUCACCUGGAGCAGUGGUUUUUAACUGGUUCGGCUGCAGGACCCAACAUCCCCCUUUAAUGACAUUUGUAAUGGUUACGUAGCUGCCCAGAGGAUGCUAACUUUUGAAAGUUUUGCAAGAAUUAUAUCCCACCCUUUUUCAAAGCGCUGGCGGUGUCAUUUUGACACUAACACCGUGUGCCAGCACAAAACAAGUUUCAUGAUCAUUUCAGGAGCAAUAUGUUUUUUUUUUUAUCCACAAAUUCAAAAUUUAUUGGAACAAGAAGUUUUUGAGUACAUAGGAGAAUUGAAUCAGAGCAUUUGCACAGUAAUAAUAACAAUUUCUGGGGCGGUACGGUGGUCCAGUGGUUAGCGCGCAGGGUUCAAUUCCACCCUCGGCCAUCUCCGUGUGGAGUUUGCAUGUUCUCUCCGGGUACUCCGGGUUUCCUCCCACAUUCCAAAAACAUGCUAGGUUAAUUAGCGACUCCAAAUUGUCCAUAUAUCCAUAUAAAUGUGAGUGUGAAUGGUUGUUUGUCUAUAUGUGCGCUGUGAUUGGCUGGCGACCAGUCCAGGGUGUACCCCGCCUCUCGAAAGACAGCUGGGAUAGGCUCCAGCACCCCCCGUGACCCCCGUGCUAAGAGACCAGGGUAGAAAAUGAAUGAAUAAAAUUUCUUUUGCAGACCACGCCUGUGCCUGAGCCAACAGGUCGAACCUGGUAGUCUGCACUGUGGGUGAAAUUCCCCCUUUCUCCGUUGCAUGUCCUUCCCCUUCCAUUCAAGCUUAACCAAGUUCCCCAUAAUCAUGGCAAGCGCCUCGUGGUAGCACCAUUUUGAGGUGCAUUCACGGACAUUGGGUGAUUACAUAAUUUUUUUUGACCCACUGAAAACUGCUCCGACCCACCAGUUAAGAAUCACUGACCUAAAGUGAUUUUUAUACCAAUAAAUCCCUUGCUCUUUAUGUUACUGAAAAAUAUAUAUACAAAAAUAUGAACGCAACACUUGUUUUGUUCUCUUAUUCUCCAUAAUGAUUCACAAAAUGAUUCCACUAAUUGCAAGUCUAGACUCGGAAAGUCAGUUCACAGCGCCACACGUACUGUAGAGGUGCGCCUUGGUGCGCUUUGGUGCGCCUGACUGACUGGCAAACAAAAUCCCAAAGACAUUCCCGUGUGGACAGGGCCUUAGAUCUUUGAGUUUGGCUCAUGAAAAAUUGGGAGUGUUGCACUUAUAUUUUUGUUGAGUGUAUAUUGUUCUUAUUUUUUUUGCUUCUGGGUUUCUGUUUCUUGACAAUAUUUAAAUAUAAAAAUGUUGGUGCUUACAGAUAUUGAGGGAUUUGAGCCUCAGCCAGGGAUUUCUCAGCCCUUCAAUCUGUCUCUCGUCAGGCGCACUUGAACAUUCAUCUGAAAAUGUUCCCCUGGAUAUUUUGGCUGCAAGUUCAAGAGUUUUUUACUCAAGAAGUUAGUGCAAGGAAAAGUUUGUUCUGAAGUUAUGACACGUUAUAUAUCAAAGUCGAUUUGUCCAAGUGGCGCUUUAACAGAUUAUCUCAAAGACGAAGUUUUGUCGAGGCUUAAUAAAAAGCAACUCUGCUUAUGGACUCGUGUCAUCAUACUUCAGAGCGUACAGCCAUCUUUAACUCGAAUAAAGACUUCUAAAUGUUUGUAUAAAUUAUUCAAACUUAUCUAGAAAUAAGUGGAAAAUAUUUCCCUGUGGGUCGUCGGCUUAGAAAACUGUACUGAUUAUCUGUUUGUGAUAAGAAACAUAAUAGAAGUUUUCCUCCCAAUGCAAAUGUCAAAGACUUUUAAAGACUAAAUCUGUCCAAGAUUGGAAUACCAUGUUCUAAGCAAUGAGGUUAACAGGGUCAGAAUCGAACGAUUCAGAGACAAAACGGGUGCAAAAUUGCACCUUUAUAGUGCAGAAAAAAAGCGACAGCCGUGAUUUUUCCCAACCGCUGUCAGCUUAAAGGGCAAUCAGAGUCAAGGCAAGGAGGGACGUUUGCUAUACCGGAUUAGCUCUUAUCUCUCCGGUUGCUCCUCCACCUCCUGAAUAUCCUCACAAAAUAAACACAGCUGUUACGCUCGCUAUCUGUGAUUUGUGUCUGACACAUAAAUGUUGUAUAUACAGGAGCUUUUUUUUUUAUAUAUAUACGUUUGUCAACAUGAAUCACUUGGGACUGUGUGAUUUUUUUUUUUUUUUUUUUCCUUCUCUCACUCACAUCGACGGGGUCGAUUUCACCACUAAAAAAAGCCAUGGUGAAGAGAACUUUUGAGCACGCUCACACAGCCAUAAGUUGUGUCGCCGUUCCACUUGGGUUUCUUCAGAGCAAAGAGUCAAGGCUCCGACCUUUGAAAUUUGCUUGUACAGUCCAACAGACACACACAUGCACACACACACACACACACUCCUCUUGGCCUUACUGUACAUAUAUACCAGUUCUAUUCCAGCGUUUCAAAUUGACUGCAAAGGCCAAAGGGCCCCCUCGUAAGACGUAGUGUGACUUGCCAGAGGACAAAGUGUCUCCGAGCAGACAAACACGACAACAUUUCGAAUCUGACAGCGCUGUUAUCAUGUUGCUUGUUGACAAAUUCUCUUAACCGUAUUAUUGGUGAAGUUAUACAAGAGAUAGCAAAACGACUGAAGAACGAUUGCUCUCCUUAGUACUUCCUAUUUCUGUGUGGACGAUUUGCGACCAUGGACAAACGUGACCCGUUUGCAGGAGUUAUGGCUGCCACCACAAUAAAGUUCUUCGGAGAUCUCUUUGCUCAAGUACAAGUGUACAUACUGUAGUAUUUGCUCGCUAAACAGACCAAGUUUAAUGUACGACUUGAGCUUUUUUUUGCAUGUCUUUUUUUUUAUAAUUGCCAGAUGAAUUCUAUUACAGUAACUAUCCAAAAUGUGACAACGUCUGGCAACCGGCAUGAUGAAAUCCUGGCAUUACCAUAUCCACGGUUUGAGAUGAAAAAGUUAUAAUGUUGUAAUAAUAACAUGCACAGGUAUCUAAAGUCUAAGAAAAAUAGCUUUUUGUAAAUUGUCGACAGCACAAGCAUUUUUGUAUUGGUGUUUGUACCCAUUUUGUAAAAAAAAAAAACAAAAAAAAAGAAGAAAAAAAAUGGAAAAGAGAGAUAAUGUUGUUUCAAGCGUGUGUUUAUAGUGCAACCUUGGGUUCCAAAUACCGUACAGUACCUGCGUACCCGCGCAGUAUGCAGAUAAGCAUUGUAAAAUAGAUACUGAAGUGGAGAAUCAUUUUCAGGACUGUGUGUUAUAAAUAAAGAAUUCCCCUGCUUAUAAGAAGUCUGCCUCGUCUUUGUAUCUGUAGUUCCUCUCUCAAGUGUUGUUAAAAUGUUAAAGGGGACAUAUUAUGGAAAACAGACUUUUUUUAAUUGCUUGUAUAAACAUAGUUGGGUCUCUGGAGUGUCUGCUCAACCGUCAAGUGUGUAAUUACACAACCAAAUUAUUCAGUGACAUGCAGCGAGGUUCAUGGCAUCUCUUUUUUUUUAUACAUUUCGUACAUUUUGCUUUUUAAGAGGAUGAGAAGAAAUGUCAAAUGAAUCACUUCAGUUAAAAAUGUUUUCAAAUACUUUUUAAUUCCAUUUAUUUAUUUUUCAGGACCUGAUGAAUACUUGUGUGUUUACCUUUUACUUGUACGUAUAUGAAGUACUGAUUUUUUUUUUUUUUAAUAAAAGUCUGAUCACAUUUUGCUGAAUUUAGGUAUAUAAUCCUCCAUCUUGGAGGUCAUUAACGUUGACAUGCGAAGUUUUCCUCUUUCUGAAUGACUUUUCCGAAAACACGGUAUACAUGGUAAGGAAUAUUGCAAUCUCUUGUCUACAUGCGGCGCUAUAAUCAAACAGAAUAGUUAAUAGGGCAUGCCCAGUAAAGCGUAAACAUCAACAUAACAUGAU